CAGAUGUCACUACAUAUGUGCCUUUAAGAUUUGUCCAGAUUCGUUAUUAAUCAGGUUAAGUGCGUGACUAAAUUGCGUUUGAUUCUUAAAAAAAUUUAUUGUUAUAAUUCUAUUUAAUUUUAUACGGUGAAUAAAACGAAAAAAUGACAGAGCAUGGUAUACAAAGUGAAAGUGAUGAAGGAGAAAUUAAAUCUGAUUUUGGAGAAAAUCUAGAUGAAGAAUUGCAAUCUUUACCGCAUGCAUUACAACUUAUACGUAAAAUGCGUGAGCAUAUUAAGUGGCAACGUAAAAAGAUAAAAAAAUUACGUAAUAAAUUACAAGAACAGAAAAAUCGAAUGAGGAAUAAAAGUUUCAUAGAGUAUGGUACUCAAACAGAUCCUUUAGAAUGUGAAAAUAAAUAUCUAAUACAAAAUUGGGAUCUAAGUAACAAUAAAAAAUCAAAUAGUUUAAUCGAACAAGUAAAACAAGUAGCAGAAUCUGCAUUAUUGCAGACUGGUUUUGUAUAUGAGGAAACAUCAGGAUUAUAUUAUGAUUAUAAUACAGGAUAUUAUUAUGACGCUAAACAAGGACUUUAUUAUGAUGGAAAUAAUGGAACGUAUUAUUAUUACGACGAAAGCAGUAAAACAUAUAAGUUCCACAGCCAUGCGCACACAGUUGUCAACAAUAUUGCACAUUCCCAAGAAACUAAAAAGGAAAAAAAAUCAGAUGGCAAAAAGGCAAACAAGGAUACGGUGAAAAAACGCAAACUCGCUCAAGAUGGAGAGAGCUUAAAAGAAGAUGAGCCCGAAGAGGGUGAAUGCUCGGACAGCGAUAGCGAACAGAGCUCUUAUAACGUUACACCAGAAUUGUCCACAAAUAGUGAGACUGAGAAUGAGGAGGAACAAGAUAUUGCAAAAACAUAUCCACCAUGUAUGAGAAUAAUAGUGAAAGAAACAAACCUUCCAAAAUUAAAAGUUGGCUCACUUUUCCUUGUAGCAUACACCGGUGGUUCAAUGGGUAAAGAAGGAGAUCAUUCUGUCAUAAUACCAGAUAUAAAUGUCAGUAAGCAUCACGCACGAUUCCUCUACAACGAGACAACAAAUUCUUAUUGGAUAGUAGAUUCGGGUUCGAGGAAUGGUACAUAUUUAAAUGGAAAAAGAUUAUCUGUAGCUAAACAAGAAUCCGAAUCGUACGAGAUAAUACAUGGUUCGAUCAUUCAAGUGGGCGGUACAAAAUUAUUGUGUCAUAUACAUAACGGGAAUGAAACUUGCGGUCAUUGUGAGCCGGGAUUGGUACAGCACAAUGUAAACACAGAAGAGAAUGUAUUCUCGAGAAGGAAUCUUCAUAAACAAGAACUGAGAAGGUUAAAGACAAAAUUCGGCGUAGAAAAAGAUAACGUUGCUUCUGCCAGUCAAUUGGCAAGUGGUUAUCGGGAUAGAGCUCAAGCUCGCAGACAGUGUGUUGGUUCUUCAAAUCAUCAUGCCAAGACAGAACAAAGUUCGAUCGACACAUCGAUAACAAAAGAUAAUCGAGGAUUUAAAUUACUAUCUAAAAUGGGAUGGUCCGAAGGUCGUUCUCUAGGAAAGGAUGGCGACGGUAGAACCGAACCGGAUAACUACGACGACGAGGACGAGGACGACGACGACGAUGAUGACGACGGCAGCAAAACGAGUUCAGACCGUACGAGCAGAGCAUUCAUAUGAUAACGAGCGUAACUCCUGUGAAAUGUAUAGAAUAGUUGUAGGAAAGAGAGGGUAGAAGAGGAAAGAGAAUUAUCCCACACACACACACACACACACACACACACACACACACACACACUACUCUCUUUAAGAUGAGAAAGAGAUAGAGAGAGAAAGCAAGUGCCUGAUGUCGAAGGGACGAACGGCAAUGUUGAGAGGGACUCUGUGGAAAUGAAUGCAAAUGUAUUGAAAUCCAAAUCAUUAUUUUGUCUAGACGCAUCGUAUGCUCUAUUGCACCCCGACCAUCUCUCUCUCUCUCUCCCCCUCCCUCCCACCCUCUCUCUCUCUCUCUCUGUCUCAUUCGCUCGCUCGCUCUUCGUCUGCAGAAUUUAGCUGCUCGAUGGGACGAACGUGGAUUAAAGGAUUUCUUCUCUCUCUUCUCUUUUGCACUUCGUGAUCGCGAACCUAAUUUUGUUAUUCUUCUUCCUCGUUUCUUUCUUUCUUCGUAUUUCGAAUGUUUCUCCGAUCCGAUUUUUUUUUCUUUUUUUUUUUUUUUUAACAAUGUACGAAAACUUUUGCCAUUGUGAGAUGACUAUUGGAAGUACCGGCUGUCUCUCUCUUCCUUUCUCUCUCUCUCUCUUUCUAUCUAUCUUUCUCUUUCUCUUUCUCCCCUUCCUCUUCCUCUCUUCCUCCCCUUUUUUGUCCUCUUAUUUGCUCGUAAAACUCGGCGGAUCCUUAAGACGAUCGAAGAUGUACAACACAGUAGGUCGGGCAUAUAAAUGAGAGAAUGUAUUUUUAGCUUGUCGCCUCGUCGUCGCAUUCUUUUCUUUUUCGUCGUUCACUCGCGAGAUCGAGAGUUUGACGAGGUGCGUUGUACUUUGGAAUGAAUGAGCAAAGAAAAAAAAAGAAAACAGAAUAAAUAAGAAUAAAGUAGGAAUGACGAAGAAAGGAAUAGAAAUUUAAUCGAUCGAGUAAGUUUUUAUUUAAUUUUUCGUCCUUUUGCGAGAACGACUUUAAUCGUGACCUUUAAUUUCUUCUUUUUCUUUUUAUUUUUCUAAAUAACAGAUUAGACGAAGAAGCAUUUUCUUUUACAUCGGUUUUUUUACAUUCUUUUCGAAGCAAAUAGCUGCACUUUCUUUAUCGAGAACGACGAAAACGAAUUCGCAAGUGCAUUUCGCACGAUUCUGACCUACAUCGUAAACGGAAAAUGUAGGAAGAAACUCUGGAAAGAGACAGAGGUGAAGAUAUCCUUGGAAAGGGUUCGUUUUUCCUUCGGGAAAACCGUAAAGCGGACAUUGUAAAGCCGAGGAAUAACGAUUGCUAGUAAACCGCGAGGACGUGAUAAAGUAUAAAAUCGUGAAAAGGGAGAAGAGAUCGCCCUUACGGAAAAGGGCAACGCUUUCGUCGAUAUCUCCUUGACGGGUUCAUUUAUUUGAGUGCUUCGAUCGAACAACAAAUUUUUUUAUGGUCUACCUUGUAGUGAACGAUACUUUGAAGAAAAAGAAAUUGUAUUAGAAUAGGAAAACUUCUUUAAUCGUUUAUUUAAUUAUAUUAAAUGUCAUUGGAUUAGUUAAAUUCAUGUUUUUUUUUGAUAAUUAAACAUUUAAUAUGAAUUAAAGUUAAUAAAGAAAUAAACGAUAGAUUUAAUGCAAUAAAGAAGAAGGUUCAUUUUAUUUAUUUAUUUAUUCAUUAUUAUACGUACUAGCAUCGAACGUAUCUUCGAUAUACAAAUAUGUAUUUAAGUAUUAAAUAUUAAACAACUAAAUGACGAUACCAAAAAUAUUCUUAAAAUAUUAAAUAUUUAAAAAAUAUUUUAAUGCUUGAACCGUAUUCGAACUAGAAUGAAUGUUUUUUUCGCGACGAAUUGUAUAGUCGAUUCUGGGACUGCAUUCGUUAACUACAACAAUUUCAUUUUAUGGACAUUCAGGUGCGUAUCCGAUAGGAUGUUGAAAGCGUCGUUUCUAUCUUCGAUAGCACCCUUUUUUACGAUUUACAUCCACUUCUAUAUUGCUUCGGCAUUUUACAGCUUGAGUCUUGGAAGAGGUGCUUGAUUAAUGACGCUGUAAAUAAUCUAAAGUAUUUCAACGAAAACAAUGAAUCCGUUCCUUGGUGCUUCCAUAAAAUUUGUUUUUUCUUUCUCCUCUAUCUCUCGAAUAGCUAACCCUCGUUUAAAAAAAAGGAUUCAGUCUUUCGAAAGAUCGUUUUUCUUUCUUCUUUUUAUAUUACAAAUUAAUCUUCUAACAGCAACAAUUUCUUCUUUCGAUUAUAUAUAAAAGAUCAUGUUUCAUUAGAAAUCGUAUCUUUUCAAUUUGUGUUCCUAUUCGAUAAAAUCAAUGGAAAAUUAUUCAAUUCGAUAUAGAAGAAAUAAUACGAAUAAAAGUCUUUUUUUUUUGAUGGUCCGUUCUCUGAAAAUAUCACGAAAUUAUAGCGAAUAUAUCGAAAUGGAAUUAACGACGUUACGAUUUAGUAAGAGUACAUUUGUGUAGGAAAGAUGAUAAUAAAAGGAGCGUAAGGAUUGGUAAGAAUGAAAAAGAAGAAGGAAUAGAGGAGGAGAAGAGUGGAUCUUGACAAGUCGACUUUAUUUCUCGGUCGAACCUGUUGCUGGCAUAUCCAGCAUUGCCUUCUUCUUCAGUCCUUCUCACCUUCUAUUGGACGUUCUUCCCUUUCUUCCGGCGAGAGUAAGCAAGCAAGCAAGCAAGCAAGCAAGCAAGAAAGAAAGAAAGAAAAAAGAUAGAUAGAUAGAUACAUAGAUAGAUAGAUAGAUAGAUAGAUAGAUAGACAGAUAGAUAGGUAGAAAGAAAGAAAGAAAGAAAGAGGGAGAAGAGGAAAAAGAGUUCCGGAAGGGCAGGAAAGAGGAAGGGUCUGAAGGACGCGACGGAAGUCAAAGACUAUGCAUCCAUGGAAAGCCCUGCCGCGGGCGGUAUAACGAAACGCAAGGUCGUCUCGAUAUUAUGUAAUGCUACAAAAGAAAGAGAGAGAGAGAGAAGAGGACCUCGAGUAUAGUUACGAAUACGUAAGGAUACUAGAGGAAGAUCCAUCUCCUUUCUACCUUUCUCUCUAGCAUCUCUCCGUUUCUCUUUCCUCGCCUGAGGCGAGCCAUUGUCUUCUUUUAAAAUUCGCUAUGCUUGCACGAAAAAUUGAGAUCGCUGUUUAAAAAUUUGAACAAGAGAUGAUGCGCGAAGUAUUUUAUUUUUUAUUGUUAAAAGAUUAUUUUUAUAUAAAUAAUGUCGAACGAUAAAUUAUCGUUAUCGUAUUUUUCGGAGAUCGUUUUAGUCUAGGGUAGGUCUAAUUUGAUUUUUUUGCAGUAAUAGAUAGAUAGAAUAGUACGGUGUAUGGAAGGCAAGAAUGUAAGAGAACGUUGGUAUUUAAUGAAGAAGGAGGAAGAGAGAGAGAGAGAGAGAGAGAGAGAGAGAGAGAGAGAGAGAGAGAGAGAGAGAGAGAGAGAGAGAGAGAGAGAGAGAGAGAGAGAGAGAGAGAGAGGUCGUCGUAGUCAAGCUAUUCUAAAGGGGUGCGGGAGGCAACAGGUGGGAAUCCACAGUCACAAAUAAAUCCAACACGAGCGUCUCUAACGUCUAGACGACGAUCCGCUGACUAAAUGUGGAUACAAGAUUACCGUGUCAUUUCUCUCCCUUUCGUUAUCCUUAUUUCAAUCUUCCUUUUCGAAGACAAAGGAAGACAGAGAGAGAGAGAGAGAGAGAGAGAGAGAGAGAGAGAGAGAGAGAGAGAGAGAGAGAGAGAGAGAGAGAGGAAAGAAUGAUUCGAAUAAAAAUAUUGAUAAUAGGAAACUGUCAGUAAAAUAUUUAAUAAUCGUUUCGAACGAUUAUUUUAAUCUUUAGGAUAGAGGUUAAAGUUCGUAGGUCGAAAGAAACUGUUGACGAUCGUGUUCUUUAAAGAGAGAGAGAGAGAGAGAGAGAUAAACAGAGAAAGAGACAUGUCAAACAUAUUGACAUUUAUCAAACAACAUGUUAAGGGUAGAUUCGUUAGAUUAGCUAGAUUAUAACCGGACUUCACCGGAUCAAUUUUCCUUUUAGAGAGAUAUUAAUCGCGAUAAAUAACGCCGUGGUGAAAAUGUUUAUUCAUUCUUUUAUCGUUUAAUACCGAGAUAAAUGCAUAAGGUCGACAAAAAACGACGAAGUAUCUUUAUUCUUUCGAUUUGUGGAGGGAGGAAGGAGGAAGGUUUGGCUGAGGAAGGGGAUAGAAGAAAUAAAGAGAUGGCAGAAAAUUAACGGUGG